CGCGAUUUCAGAGACUUCCUCCAUUUUGCUGGUUUUCUCCCUCCGAGUUUUCUUCCUUGACUUCUUCAUCUCUGUGAUUAGCCGCCGGUUGAUUUCUAAGGCGAAGCUCGGCGUGAAGUUUUCGGCAGGCGGGUGCCAUGGAGGGCGUCGAGUACACCUCCGGGGCCAGCGGCCGCAUCAUCCCCGUCUUCCGCAACCUCCGCCAGGCCGUCUUUUCCCGUCACUCCCUUCGCCGUGCUCUCUUUCUCGUGCAGAGCGUCUUCGUGUGGCUGUUCUUCCUCUUUCGACUGCGGCUCGUGUGGUUGUUGUCCGUAUUCCAGUGCCGCGAUGGCCGGGUUUGCGCUUCGCCGAAGCAGGGCGGGUCUUCUAGGCGCAGAAAGGCGGCGUUCAGGGAGGAGGAGGCGGUCUUGAGGAGGCGGAUUCUCGCGGAGAGCGUCGAGAUGGUGGUGGGGGACGCGGGUGUGGCGACCUGCGAGUGGAGCACGUCGAUCUUCGUUAAUGCUAGGUGUAAUUCGCUGUUUGUGAGGUCGUGGAUGCCGUCUAGCGGAGAGAUGAGGGCCAUUAUAAUUAUUAUCCAUGGUCUCAACGAGCAUGGUGGAAGAUAUGCACAUUUUGCUGCACAGCUUACAUCUUGUAACUUUGGGGUUUAUGCUGUUGACUGGAUUGGCCAUGGUGGGAGUGAUGGAUUACAUGGAUAUGUGCCCUCACUUGAUCAUGUAGUCGCUGAUAUUAAAUCUUUUUUGGCGAAAGUGAAGAUGGAAAAUCCUAGCACGCCAUGUUUCUUAUUUGGCCACUCAACUGGUGGAGCUGUUGUAUUGAAGGCAGCUUCGUAUCCAGAUGUUGAAGACAUGCUAGAAGGCAUUAUUUUGACUUCACCAGCACUGCGAGUCAGGCCAGCCCAUCCUAUAGUUGGGGUUGUGGCACCCUUGUUCUCGGUGGUGCUUCCAAAAUAUCAAUUCAAGGGAGCAAACAAACGUGGAAUUCCUGUAUCAAGAGACCCUGCCGCUCUUGUAGCUAAGUAUUCAGAUCCCCUGGUUUAUACAGGCCCAAUAAGGGUCCGGACAGGCCAUGAGAUCCUCAAGAUCACUGCUCACCUGCAGCAGAACAUGAAGAACAUCACAGUUCCAUUCUUCGUUCUGCAUGGGACUGCUGAUACAGUAACAGACCCUUUGGCUUCAAAGGAUUUGUACAACAAGGCGGCAUCUACUGUCAAGGACAUCAAGCUAUACGAUGGGUUUCUGCAUGAUCUGCUCUUCGAGCCCGAGAAGGAUGAAAUUGCUGCUGAUAUCAUUGGAUGGAUGAACAAUCGGUUGCAAAGUCGGUCAUUUGACUGGUGACAUGUCCAGGGAUGCUGUCGGUUAUAGUACAAACUACAAAAUUUCAGCUAGUACUCAUCAUCCAUUAAAGAAAUGUUCCAUUGACCUCUAUUCAUGUACUUGAUUGUGUCUGUUAAAAAAUAAAUGAUAUAUAUAAAUCACAGAGAAGCCUGUGAGAUUGUGCUUA